GCCGGGUAGCCGGGCCAUGCAGGGCGCCGAGCCGGCAAAGCUCUGCUGAGACUUGGCUCUGCGCGCCCAGGGGCGGCUGAUGCCCCCGGCGCUCCCCACUCCGCUUGCCGCAGCCAGGCCGCAUCUGCACGGGGCGCCGCGCGGCGGGGCCGACGCUGGGCCACAAUGCUGCUCGGGGCGUCUCUGGUGGGGGUGUUGCUGUUCUCCAGGCUGGUGCUGAAAUUGCCUUGGACCCAAGUGGGAUUCUCCCUGCUCUUCCUAUACCUGGGAUCCGGAGGCUGGCGCUUUGUGCGAAUCUUCCUCAAGACUGUAAGGCGUGAUGUCUUCGGCGGCAUGGUGCUCCUGAAGGUGAAGGCAAAGGUCCGGCGGUACCUGCGGGAGCGGCGGACAGUGCCCAUUUUGUUUGCCUCCACGGUACAGCGCCACCCUGACAAGAUAGCCUUGAUCUUUGAGGGCACAGACGACCACUGGACCUUCCGCCAGCUGGACGAGUACUCAAGCAGCGUGGCCAACUUCCUACAGGCUCAGGGCCUGGCCUCGGGAGACGUGGCUGCCCUCUUCAUGGAGAACCGCAAUGAGUUUGUGGGCCUGUGGCUGGGCAUGGCCAAGCUGGGCGUGGAGGCAGCCCUCAUCAACACCAACCUGCGGCGUGAUGCCCUGCGCCACUGCCUGACCAUGUCGCAGGCCAGAGUCCUCAUCUUUGGCAGUGAGAUGGCCCCAGCCAUCUGUGAAAUCCAUGCCAGCCUGGACCCCUCACUCAGCCUCUUCUGCUCCGGCCCCUGGGAGCCCAGCAUGGUGCCCGCCGGCACAAAGCACCUGGACCCCCUGCUGGCAGAUGCCCCCAAGCACCUUCCAAAGCACCCUGACAAGGGCUUCGUAGAUAAGCUCUUCUACAUCUACACGUCAGGCACCACAGGGCUGCCCAAAGCCGCCAUCGUGGUGCACAGCAGGUAUUACCGCAUGGCUGCCCUGGUGUACUACGGAUUCCGAAUGCGGCCCGACGACAUUGUCUACGACUGCCUGCCGCUCUACCACUCAGCAGGAAACAUUGUGGGAAUUGGGCAGUGCCUGCUCCAUGGUAUGACGGUGGUGAUCCGGAAGAAGUUCUCAGCCUCCCGGUUCUGGGAUGAUUGUAUUAAAUACAACUGCACAAUUGUGCAGUACAUCGGAGAGUUGUGCCGGUACCUCCUGAACCAGCCACCCCGGGAGGCAGAGCACCAGCACCGGGUGCGCAUGGCUCUCGGCAACGGCCUCCGCCAGUCCAUCUGGACCGACUUCUCUAGCCGUUUCCACAUCCCCCAGGUGGCCGAGUUCUACGGGGCCACCGAGUGUAACUGCAGUGUGGGCAACUUCGACAGCCAGGUUGGGGCUUGUGGUUUCAACAGCCGCAUCCUGUCCUUCGUGUACCCUAUCCGGCUGGUGCGAGUCAACGAGGACACCAUGGAGCUGAUCCGGGGGCCCAAUGGCCUCUGCCUUCCCUGCCAGCCAGGUGAGCCAGGCCAGCUCGUGGGCCGCAUCAUCCAGCAGGACCCCCUGCGGCGCUUCGACGGCUACCUCAACCAGGGUGCCAACAAUAAGAAGAUCGCCAAUGAUGUUUUCCGAAAGGGGGACCAGGCCUACCUCACCGGUGACGUGCUGGUGAUGGACGAGCUGGGCUACCUGUACUUCCGAGACCGCACGGGAGACACGUUCCGCUGGAAAGGCGAGAACGUGUCCACCACCGAGGUGGAGGGCACGCUCAGCCGCCUCCUGGACAUGGCCGACGUGGCAGUGUACGGUGUCGAGGUGCCAGGAACCGAGGGCCGGGCUGGAAUGGCGGCCGUGGCCCACCCUGCUGGCAGCUGUGACCUGGAGCACUUUGCACAGCUCCUGGAGAAGGAGCUGCCCCUGUACGCGCGCCCCAUCUUCCUGCGCUUCCUGCCUGAGCUGCACAAAACGGGGACCUUCAAGUUACAGAAGACAGAGCUGCGGAAGGAAGGCUUUGACCCGUCAGUUGUGAGAGACCCACUGUUCUACCUGGAUGCCCGGAAGGGCCGCUACGUCCCGCUGGACCCAGAGGCCUACACCCGCAUCCAGGCAGAUGAGGAAUCUGAGGCUCAGGGAGGCAAAGUCUCGCCAAAGACCCCAGAGCCUGUGAGCGCUGGGAGGCCAUCUGCAACAGCUUGGGGGAGGCUCGAAGGAGCCGGCCCCAAGCAUUCCCGGAGGUCCUGCCGCCCUCGGGACAGGCAAGUGGCCGCCUGGGCCAGUGCUUGGAGUAUCACUUUCAGUUCCUGGGAAGAAGGUUAAAUACCUCCGAGGGGCCCAUUGAGGAGGUGGCGGCAAGGGAGGCGGUAACCAAGUGACUUUCAAAGGGGCCUGAAUGCGUGGCGGGCCCCUCCCCCAGAGGAGGGGGCCCUGCUUCCUCCCAGCCUAAUGAUAUUCUGGGCUCAGCCCUCGUCUUUGGCGGCAGUUUAACCCGAGCCGGGGCGGAUUUCUUUCUCACUGAUCUCAGCUUGACACCCAAUUAGCACAAGAAUGGGAGGAGGAAGCCUGCGAGAGGCGCCUCCCAGCCUCCCGGGGCGCACGGGGGGAGCAGGCUGGAGACAAAGGGCAGCAGGCAGGGGGGCACCCGCGCCCUCGCCUCCCCCGCAGACCCCGCCUUUGUCUCCCUAGGAGCUUCUGAGGAGACGGAGGCCGCCGCCCGGGCUGGCUGGCCUGCUGGAGGAGACGGGAUGGGGCCCAAGCCCCUCUUCUGCGUGGAUGCCCGGGGAGGGCAUCUGGGUGAGCCUGACCCAAUGGGAAGCAGUGAGGCUCAGUGAUGCUGAAAGCGCUGCGACCUGGGGUUGAAGCCUGACACUUAGGGGCCAUGGGCAAUCCACUGGUUCUGAGCCUCAGUUUUUCUCAUUUGAAAAAUGGGGCUAAUCGUAGUCUCUGAGCAGUCAGGUAGUGCAUGUAAAGCACCUGGCCUCCAUCUGCAGGUGCAGGUGCAUCUUGCAGGUGCAAGAUGGGCAUUCAAUAAAUACUUUUUUAAAAUACA